AUGGAAAGAGAUAGCCCAAAAGGCAAUAAAGUAUUGUGCGAUGAUACUAACUGCGAACAAUCAAUGUCAAGCUCUACUACUUUAAACAAAAUUAAGGAAAAACUUUACUCGUUACACCGCAAAUACUCGAAAUUAAAACAAAGGAAUUUAGAUAAAAGAAAGGAAGAAAUAUCAAAAUUAAAAAAUCAGCAAUUUGUUUUUUCAAAUCGCCCCAAAUUCAAUGCCGACACGAAGAAAGAAAAUGCUUGCGAAAACAAAGAAUGUUUCAAUACACUUCCAGAAAAGAAGAAUUCAAAAAAAACCAUUAAAAUCCGUAAAAACGAUAGUUUACUAUCAACGGGAUUGAAACGUAUUUGUUGUAUUUUCCAACAAUCUGAUACAGGGAAAUCCAAAAAGAUGAAGUUUGGUGAAAAAGCUACAAAUCCUACAAGGCGACAUGAGAAUGAUCAAACAGGUGAACCUGUAUUAGAGAUCAAAGUGAAUACCGUGGGGAUGUGCGUUAUGAACCCAGAAGAUGUAAAAAAUAAGAUUCUGCUAAGCAAAACGAUUUACCGCUGUUUGAUUUAG